AUGGCGUCGACCAACAGCAUCGAAUGCGGCGAAGAAGCAUUGAAACACUUCGGGUUCAGGGGCAGCUACAGGAAUCUCAAUCAUGUCUUGCACUCCUUCCAGGACGAGUGUGAAGGCGAGCCCGACAAGUUUAUUCGGUACACCUAUCCGAGAAAGCUCGAUGAGUCGCGAGAGGCCAUUGCCAAGCAUCUCAAUGCGCCGGUGGAGGCUUGUGUGUUUGUGCCCAAUGCAACCACGGGCGUGAACACCGUGCUCCGCAACAUCGUAUACCAGCCAGGGGAUGUCAUCAUCUACUUCGCGACCAUCUAUGGCGCCUGCCACAAGACUGUCGACUAUCUCGAGGAGACGACACCGGUCACAGGUGCGAAGGUGGAGUACACCUACCCGCUAUCCGACACCGACCUCGUAGCUCGCUUCAACGAGGCCACUGCCAACAUCCGAGCGUCGGGCAAGAAUCCUAGGUUGGCAAUAUUCGACACCAUUGUCUCCAUGCCUGGCGUGCGCGUCCCCUUUGAAGCAUUGACGAAUACAUGCCGCGAGCAGGGGAUACUAUCCCUCAUCGAUGGUGCUCAUAGCGUUGGUCAGAUCCCGAUGAAUCUCUCCGCACUCGACCCAGACUUUUACGUCUCCAAUGCCCACAAAUGGCUUCAUGUUCCACGCGGAUGCGCUGUCUUCUAUGUCCCACUCCGGAACCAGCAUCUCGUGCGAAGCACUCUGCCAACUAGUCACGGCUUCGUACCGAAGACUGCUGGCGCUAUCUCACCACUUCCUCCGUCCGCCAAAUCGGAGUUCGUGAACAAUUUCGAAUUCGUUGGAACUCUCGACAACUCACCUUACCUUUGUGUUCCUGCUGCAUUGGAAUGGCGAAGCAGAUUGACCUGGCAAGGCAAAAAAGGCGAGGAUGCCAUUAUGCAGUACUCUUGGCAAUUGGCCAGGAGGGCAGGCGAAAUCGUGUCGAGAGCGCUCAACACGGAGGUCAUGGAGAGUGCUGAGGGUACUCUGGGUAAGGAUAUCAACUUUGCAAACGUCGCUCUGCCAAUCGACUUCGAGAAGGAUGCAAACGGCGACAUGGGAAUUGCCAUAGAAAUUGCGCAGUGGCUGAGCAAUGUGCUGGUCGAAGAGUACGAUACGUUUUUGGCUGUAAUGGUGCACGGCGGCAAGUUCUGGACAAGGUUGUCGGCGCAAGUAUACCUCAUAGAAGGUGACUUUGAGUGGGCUGGGAAGACUUUGAAGGAGGUGUGUGAGCGAGCCAGGGGUGGAGAGUGGAAAUCUGGGCGGCAGAGCAAUAUAUGA